AGCAACCGGAUGAAAGUGUGGUACGACGGAAUCCACCGCCUUGAGAUCCUCAAGGUCAAGCCGACAGACUCCGGCCUGAUCACCCUCAUCGCCCGAAACCACUACGGGGAGGCCCGCUUCGACACCAACUUAGUUGUCAAGACUAAAUGGGGGACCCAGAACCGAAGUUCCAACAAGACCGAGUCAGUCGUGAUGAAAAAGUUCGUGUCGAAUAGUGUGACGACUACAGUUAACACGACUUCGCUUCAAGUCUCAAAUGGAAGCUCGCCCAAUGGACAUUUGCAAACUGGAGUCCAGUUGUAAUAUUUUAUUGUUUAUACCAGAAAAAAACUACAAACUACUUUUUGAUGCGACAAAAAACAUUGAAUUUGAAUAAUUCAGCUCGGAUCAUGUUAAUUGAACCAAAAUAUUAUAAUUUAAUCAAAACUUCAACGAUCGUUGAAAUUUCAAUUUUGGGGCACUAACAUGAUUCGUUAGUAUUCAUAAACUAUGAAUUUCAGUCUAAAGCUUUUAAACAUGUAUGCACCCUUAGGAAAAUUGCUAUCAUACGGCUUAAUAGUGAGACAAAAUUAAAAUGCUUAACGAUUAAUUACUAUAUGAGUUCUGAAUUAAACUUUUUACACAUCGAA